GGGUCGUUUUUCUUGGACCCAUGGGAUUUUUUUAUUCAUGGUGGAAAAGACCACAGAGAUGCCUCACUCCUUGAACUUGGCCAUCAUCUCAAUCAAUUUUACAUCCCACGCAACCGGAAGUGGCUAGUUCUCUUCCCUGAAGGUGGAUUCCUUAGAAAUCGAAAACCUGGGAGUCAGAGGUAUGCUCUGAAGAACAAUCUUCCAGUGUUGCACAAUGUUGCCCUGCCCAGAGUUGGUGCUCUGAAGGUUAUCAUGGACAACGCUGCAGCAGAUAGUCAUGAUGAUGGUACCGACCGCAUCAAAUACCUCAUUGAUGUGACGGUGGCAUACCCAGGUGGCCGUCCACUUGACCUGCAGACUGUAUUUGGUGGAUGGAGGCCCAGCUGUGACACCAUAUUCCACUAUCGCAAGUUUAAUAUAGAGGAGAUUCCCCGAGAAGAAGAAACACUAAAAAACUGGCUAUAUACCAGAUACGAGGAGAAGGAAGUAAUUCUUCAAGAGUACUAUGAUACUGGUUCUUUUCCUGAUGUUCACACUCCCCACGAGCCUAACUUCCAGCCAGAAAAUGUACGUAGACUAACCGGAGCCAGGGUGGUACACGACCCCUUGGAAUUCAUCCUGCGGCAUUGUUUUUUUAUUAGUUCAACAUAUAUUUGGCUUUCCAUUUUGUACUUGUUGUACAAGACACUAUUUCAGCUGUUUUGGUGAUCCUUCAUUUGUACAUAAUACACGUUCACCGGGACAUUGAGUUUGCAUUAUUAGCACCAGUUCCAGAUCAGUGAGUGAUAAACCAGUCAGAAGAGUUCUGCUGAAGCUGAACUCAGACUUAGUGACUGAAACAUUAAAGCUUAGUCUGUGGAUGGUAACUUAUAGGGUAGUUGAAACUAGUGAGGCACUAUAUGUAUUUUUCAGAAGACAAAAUGCUAAUGUUAGAUAACUAGUAAUUGAAGUGGUACAUCUAUGUGGGGAAAGUCAUUUUGAAAUUAGCUAAUUUCAGCUGCUGUGCAAAAGCAUUCGUGAAAGAUGUGCAUAAUAGACAGCAUAAUGAAGACCCGGGAAGUACUACAUCAGUCAAGAAAUACCAGAAGCAUUAAGAGUAGUGUUGCGAUGGUGAAGAUAUCUAAAGCAGGCAAGAAAUUAUGAGAAAUACUGCUUUUGCUCUGUAGUCACUCUCUGAGUAAUAGAAAAUUACCCCAUGCAUUUUCAGACUUUAGUGCAUUGAUUGAAUGGACACUAGCUUAUCAUUUCAUUCAUAUAUAAGAAGCACUCUUGUUGAUAUCAUGAAGGAAUACAUUCUUUAUUUCUGUAUGUAGACCACUGUAGCUUUAAAUAUUUUUACACAUUCUGGAAUCAUGUACAAUGCUUUCCCACUGCAGGUGUAAUCUUAUUGUGACAAUACAGCUGUGACAGUGAUAAUGACAGUGAAUACAGUCAUGGCCUUUUUGUAUGUAGAUAGUUCUACACCAUUGAUACGGGCUUAUUAUUUAUCAUAUCGUAAUCAACCAGGCUAAUCAAGAGCUUUUCUUGUAGUGACCAUUCCUUGCCUCCUAUCUUGGAACUUCACCACAUGUUUGUAGUAUGCCUUAAUUCUUGACAAGUGCAGACAGUGAUGCUUGAACAGUCUUGGGAAAGGUGAGUUUGGACCCACUAUUUCUCAGUGGUAGGUUUGAAUGAAGGGAAAAAUGAUAUUUGAUUACUAUACAUUUUAAGAUAAUGUUAAGAGGAUAUUUGAAUGUAUUCCAUGGCAGUAUUUUUAAUAUUAUAUUUUAUUGUAUGUUAUUCAUAUAAUUACAUUGGUAAUUUUUUGGUGGAACUUGUCAACUUAGUUUUUCUCUUAAUGUAAGAAAGGAUUUUGUUAAAAUCAGUGUUCAGAUUUAUAUUUUAAUUUACUUUUUUUUUUCCAUUGGAAUGUUAUUUUUCUGUUUCUGUUAUUGGCUAAUAUCAAAGUCUUCUUUGGUAAAUAUGAACUAAAACAUUCUAACACAUGGUUGAAAUUUCUUUGUGUAUAUUAUUUAUUAAGUGAGCUUCAGUAAGAGCUCACAGAUUUUAUUUUAUUUCUGAACUUGAAACAGCAGUAAUAUGGUAAAAUGUUACCGAAAGACUGGUGCACAUAGCCAGUGUUGAAAUGCCAAAACAAGGAAAAUCAUUCCCACAUUUGAUGCCAGUAUGGAUACUGUGUUAAGAAAGCAUAUCUGAGAUGAAUUAUGUCAAUAUUAUUGUAUUAUUUUGUUGUAUGUAGAAGUCAUUAGUAUGAGUUUUGUCAGUGAAUGAGUGACUCCCUACCUGUGGGAGAUCAAAUUGUUGUGUGACAUGUAUGCCAUUUUUAUACCUCUUCAUUUUGAAACUGCUUCUGCUGUUGCGAAUUACUUAAUUUGGUCAGCUGCCACAGCAUUUACCCCUAGUUGUCAUCCUUACAAAUGCAAUUGUGAUCAAAUACAAAGUCAGUUCUACAUCAGAGCUUUGAUUUGAUAUUUUUUUGAGAGCACCUCACUUGUCACUAAGACUUCUUUAGUGUCCUGACAUGCUUGCUUUGUCUGCCUUUCUUUCUUGAUGGUUCUACCUUUCUUGAUGGUUCCAUCUUUCUCUCGAUGGUUCCACCUUUCUCUCAUGACAGUUCCACCUUUCUCUCGAUGGUUCCACCUUUCUCUCAUGACAGUUUCCCCUUUCUCUUGACGGUUCCACCUUUUUCUUGACGGUUCCACCUUUCUCUUGACGGUUUCACCUUUCUCUUGAUGGUUCCAGUUUUCUCUUGACGGCCCCACCUUUCUCUUGAUGGUUCCAGUUUUCUCUUGACGGCCCCACGUUUCUCUUGACGGUCCCACCUUUCUCUUGAUGGUUCCACCUUUCUUGAUGGUUCCACCUUUCUUGAUGGUUCCACCUUUCUUAAUGGUUCCAUCUUUCUCUCUUGAUGGUUCCACCUUUAAUGCAGAUUUUUUUAAUUAAUGCAGAUUUUUUCCUUUUUUCUUCUUCCCUCUACACCUCCCAUUCUACCAUUGCUUACACCUCUGCUGUUUACCACUGAAUGGGUUUAGCUCUUUCCAUUAAUGUAUUAGUAAUAUUUCCCUGCAAGUUAAUAGCCACUGUAUCAUAUAGAUUGUCCUCAGUUGCAUCCAGCAUAAGCAUAUCCACUCAGCCACGUCAGUUAACUGGUUUGCAUGGUUGUGUGUACAGUGCAGAGUAUGUAGUCGGGGUGAGGCUGGGACGAGAUGAGAGAUGAUCCAAGGGUGGCGAGUGAGGUGUUUUCAUUUGCAUCAGUCAGAAAAAAUAGUCUAAAAUUACAGUAUUUAUGACCGCAUUCAAGGCAUGAAUUUUAUCCCUAUUAUUCGGAAUUCUUUUAAAAUUUGUAAGAAAUGUAUUUAGAAUCAUCAUUAAAUGAUUAAGAAGGCAACUUCCAAAUUUCGGUUCAAAUUUUGGAAAUUCUCAGUGUUUUUUUAUAAUUAAUGAAGAUACUUUCUGAGGUGUAAAUUUAUAUAUAUGUAAAAUAUAAUAUCUCAGUUUCCAACUGAGCAAAGAUUCUGAAUUUUAUUUUGUAAAAGCUCUCAUUUUGAAUUACUGUAUUUCAUCUGAAUAAGAGAAGCAUUCUGUAUCUGAACUUUGUACCCUUUUGGCACACCCAUUAUCCGGAAUAAGAGAGAGAUAGCAUUGCUGUAUCACCUAUUGCAUCAUCUCAGAUAACUAAUGUUUUUAUAAAAAGAAAUGUGUUGCCAAACAGAACUAGUCGAUAGGAUUAUUACAAGACCAGUCCUGAAACUGCGCUCUCCAUGAUCUCAACUCCUUCAGUGUCUUACUUUAGUGAAGAGAGAAUAAAAAAAAAAAAAAAAUUCACUGGUCAUCUAACUACCAGUGAAUGGGGCAUUUUUUUUUUUUUUUUUUUAAGAGUUGAAGGUCAUGAUUCUUGAUAAUGAACUUGAAACAGAACUUGGUGUUUUUAAUACAUACAGUAGACUGUUAUAUUACAUCUGUUUAUUUAUCAUGUUUUGGUUAUUGCACUAUUGAAAAAUGCAAUACAAUUUUAUUCAACUCUUCGUAAAAUUAAUUUAACACUGUUCCGUUUGUGGGUGUGAAAAAUUUCCCCAGCUCAAUCUGUCGUCUUGUGGGUCAGCAGGGGAAACCUAGCACCAUCCCCUGCCACCCCCAACACUCCUGCCAUCACCAUCUCAGCAUUCAUGAAUAUGUGCUCAGUUUCAUUGUCUUAGGAGCUAGGUGUAUUUGUGAAUUGUGUUUUGAUCUUUUAAUUGCUAUAUCUUGUAUCUGCAAAGCACUCAUGGUACCCAGUAGGCAUACGAGUAUUGAUGAAAGUGGCAAGAAAAGGUAUAAGCGUUUAAGUCUUACAAUUAUGAAGAAAAUAGAGAUAUUAAACAAGAGAUAGCGUAUGGCCUUAAUGAAGCGUCACUUUGUACAAUUAAAUAGAAUGUGGUAAAUAUAUGAGUUUGUGUGAUGAAUAACUGACUAACUUAUUUGACUGACUGACUUGAUUGACUUACUUGACUGACUUUACUGUCUUGGCCGACUGACUUUACUGAUUUACUGACUUGACUGACUGACUGACUUUACUGAUUUAACGACUUGUCUGAUUUACUGACUGACUUAAAGUUAGACUUUUUCACUGAAGAAGACCCUGACAAAUCUAGAAGCAGUGCUCUGAAAAGAACACUGCUUCUAGAUUUGCUCUGAAAAGAGCACUGUUUCCUUACCACCAGCUGUAUAAUGUACUGCAGGGUAAAACAGAACAGAAAUCCAUUACAGAAUUUAUGCACACUCCAGUACAACCAUCGACUUCAGUACCAGAACCUCUACCAUCCACCUCAGCCCAGUAAGUCACAGCAUAACUCACCACUCUCUUCACAAUCAUCCAAAAACACCAGCACCCACAAUUUAAGGUAAGAAAUACUAUUAUUUCUGUUGCAUUUGUAGUCUUUAGCAGUAAAAACAACAUGAUACAUCACGACAAUGAAAUACAAUUACAGUGGGCCCUCAACCAAUGGCUUUAAUCCGUUCCAGGGAGCUAGCCUUUAGUCGAAUUAAUUUUCCCCAUAAGAAAUAAUGGAAAUUCAAUUAAUCUGUUCCAGACAGCCAAAAGUAUUAAAAAAAAUAAUUUUUUUCUACAUGAAAUAUACAUUUCCCUACACAGAAAACAAUGAGACAUGCCCAAUACAUGCAUAAAUAAAUACUAAAAUGACACUUACCUUUAUUGAAGAGUAUUGUUGAGUGAUGAGACACUGUUUUUCUUGAACACACUGGGAUUUUCAGAGUGAUACAUGAGUAAAGGCUUCACUUUGCAAUCCCCACUAGCAUUACAACAAAACAUGAGAGUUAGCCUGUCUUUCAUAGGCUUGUGUCUUGGGAGUGCCUUUUCUUCCUGAGUGAUGUAGGUCCUGUUUGGCAUUUUUUUCCAGAGCAGGCCUGUUUUGUCACAAUUAAACACUGUUGGGGUUGGAAUUUUUCAGCUUCGCCAUGCCUUAUCACACUGUGUAUGCCACUACGAUUCUUAAAUCUCUCAAACCAAUCUUUGCUGGCCUUAAAUUCACCAAUAUGAGCACUAGUUCCAGGCAUUUUUUCCUGUUCACCUGGGUAUUAGUUGAGUAGUGUGGGUCGCAUCCUGGGGGACAUGAUUAAGGACCCCAGUGGAAAUAAGUUAGACAGUCCUCGAUGACGCACUGACUUUCUUGGGUUAUCCUGGGUGGAUAACCCUCUGGGGUUAAUUGUUUCUCGGUAUUCUCGAUAAGCCACACCAACAUCAGUCUCUCCACAUCUUUGAGUAGUACAGCUGACCGUGGUGCAGCAGCAGCUGACGGUGGUACAGUAGCAGCUGACAGUGGUGCAGCAGCAGUUGACCGUGGUACGAUAGUAUUUCUCACCCUUUUUACCACAGAGUUGGCACUAGAAGCUUUCUUGGGGCCCAUUGCGGCUUAUUUAGUGGUUACAAGCACUAAAAACAAUGGAAUAAGGCAAAAUAUAUUGUACGUGAGAUCGUGCGAUCCCACGUAUAUCACACGUGGGAUUGACCACAACAGCUUGUAAACAGUACCACACUGGCUGUACACAGAGUCUUGGAGCAGCUGGGUCUGCUCAGGCCGCAUGGACACGCUCGGGGCGAAAGCCUUUAGAUAAGUUUUUUGCCGUUGGUAGAGCCAAUAUUUUGACGCCAAAGAGCGCUGUUAGUCAAUUUUGGCGUUAGUUGAUGCUGUGUUGGUUGAGGGUCCACUGUACAUAUUAACUUUUAUUUUUGUAAGAUCUGGAGGUCUAAGAAAAAGUUGUUUGAACUUUGUGAGGCUCCCAGGAACAUAAUCCUAUUUUUCCAUAAGUUCUUCAGUUUAUCUAACACAGAUUUACCUAACACAGCAUUUUCAGGAAUGUAACUACCUUGUAAUAUAAUGGUCUACUGUAUUUUGUUGUAGAUGUAAGUAUUGUAUUUAAUUUAUUUAACCCUGUGGAGGGUAAUGCCCUGGCCAAUCAUCAUUUUUUUUUUUUGGUGGAUGCUAUUUUAAUAGAUAACAUUAAAUAAGAAUUUUAAUGGAAAAUCAGUACAGUCAUACCCCACUUUACGUCAUUUCGGCCUACAUCAAAUUCACCUUUAUGCCACUUUUCUAGAGUAAAUUUCAGUUCAGGGAACGUCAUUACGUCUGACUUUACGUCACUCAGCAAUGUCACCUAUGUCAUAUUUUUUUUAAUUGUGCAAGUUAUUUACACUAGUUUUACAGUUACAGUGUUUGUCGUCAUUUUAAGGCAUUUUUAAGGCGUUGUGUAUGGUUUACCUCAAAAACCAGACAUAAUGCACUGGUUGAAGGCUUUUGCAAAGUCUGUGUAUACUACAUCUGCAUUUUGUUUGUCCUCUAGAGCAGGCAGGAGUGGCCUACUUUAAACCCAUGUUACCCUGGGUUGUGUAACUAAUGGGUAUCUAUAUGUGUGGUGAUUUUGCUUCUUAGAACUCUUUCAAAGAUUUUUAUGAUUAUGUCAGGGCUCUUGAAACCAAUUAAUGACAUAUUGCAGGGUAUGGCUGUGUACUAGUGAAAUAUUUGUCCUGGAAUACAGUGUUAAUAAUUAAUCAGUGGAAGAAAUGGGUUAAUUAUAACAUGUCUGGUGUAGUAAUUUUCUCUAAAAAGAACCUUUGGUGUGACAAAAUGUUGCUCAGAGUUGUAUUGAACGUGAGAAAGUACAGUGCGUUAAUACACUUUUGCACCGCUACAUUCACUUAGUACAAAAAAUACAGUUUGCAGAAUUUUUGUGUGCUCUUAAAUUAUGCAAAAUACAUUGAACUUGUGUAUGGAAAGGCUGAACUAAAAACCACCAAAUUAAAGCAGAAUAAAAGCAUGAACUUCAAGAAUAAUAUAUCCAAGCCUAGCCCUCUAAUGCACUAGAAGUAUAUAAUUGUCAUUUUUGCAGGAAUCAAGAGUGCAUACUCCAUUUUUGGGGAUGUUAGGAGAGAGACUAUCUUUGAAGAUAUUAGCAUUGUAGACAUAUACCAUCUUUGGGGAUGAGCUAAUAUUUGAUCAAAAGUGGUUAUCAAAAAAUAUAUUACUUUUCCCAGGGCAGCUUGUAGUCAUGCAUAUGUGGUAUUCUAGGAUAUCUUGCUUAAGGUUGUAAUACUAUUUAAGUCAUUAAAGACAAGUAUUUUUUUGUAGAAUUUUCAUACAUAGUAGUUUUUUACAUUUUUGCUCUGGCAAGUAUAUUGUUGAUAAUGAUUUAAAGCACUUUGAAACUGUAUUGUGUGGGGUUCCAGUGGCAUAAGCAAACAUUCUCAUUAAUUGUAUACCGUACAGGGAUGACCAACAUUCAGUAGUAGGAAAACAGUACCAUUAUUUUCAGUCUGGCCAGACACUUAAGGUAAUGAAGAGGGUCUUGUGCUUCACCAGAAAUAUUUGUGUUAUUUACCUUCUGGUGAAGGUGGGUCAUUCUACAGGUUACCCACACGAUCAGUGUAGGGCUCACUCAAUUAAUUAUAUGAUACGUAAUGGUUAAGCCCUUUAAUAUUUAUCUCAAAAUAUGUAUUGUAGUGGCUUCUGAAUAGACUAUAACUUAGCAGCUUUCAAGGCAACCAUUGAUAGGGCUGUGUAAGGAAGCCAGAGUUAGCUCAAUACUCACCAGUGCUCCUAGAAAAGCAAAAAGCAAUCAUUCAUCAAUAGAUCACUUAUAGAAUAUAAUUAUUGCAUAAGUGAGUGAACAGGUAUGAAAUUACCCCAAAUUUGAGAAAAUUAAGCAAUUCAUUCAGCUUGAGAUAUUUUAGAUAGAUUUUCACAAAGAUGUGUUUUCUCAUUAAGAAACACAGUUAUUUUAGCUUAAUGAUUGUCACAUGAUUUAUUUGGAUAAGAUAAUGAAGUUUGUAUUCUUCAGUGGCUGGUAUAUAACCUCCAGAUAAACUUUUAAAAGUACAAUAGGCUGCAUCUUACAAAUUUUGGCAUGGUGUGAAGGUUAACAGCACUUGUAAUUGGGGACUUAGCAAGUAACAGUUUUCCAAGUUUUUGAGUGUGUCUGCCAGAUAGUACUCUAGCAUCCAAAAUUGUGCUCCAGUUUCCAUUGAAUUUGAACAAUAUAACAGACUUAUCCAAAAGAAGAAACUGACAAUCCUUUCAAAACUAGUCAUGGUUUAAGAUCAUAGAAUAAUGUCAAAGCAAUAUUUCACCACGUGUAAAACUAUGAUAUUUUUUUGUAGGUUCUAGAGUUGUCCCAUUCCUUUAGCUGGGGAAAAAAAAAAAUGUGCAUUCUGAGUAAAGAUAAGAAAGUUGGAAACUGGAAAAGAUUACAGAUGAAUAUAAACACAAUAUGGUAUAUGGAAUUGCCACUUGCCUUUUAUGUUUCAUCAUGACAUUGCUCCCCAGAUAUGCAGAUUCAUACUUAUUUGUAAAAACAAAAAAAAAAAAAAAAAAAAAAAAAGUUUUAUUGGGCACCUGUCACCC